AUGGUCUGAUACAGAAAGCAUGUCGACGAUGAGCAAUAGCUACAAUGGAUCAGACUCUCAAUGUUCAAAUGGGUUAAGCGAAAAUGAAGAAUCUGACAAUGACAAUGCAACUUUAGUACCAACUAUCCAGUCACCUUACUAUUCUUUACAUUGCUUUUCUCUGUUAUAUGUUUCUCAGAACGUUACGUUUAUCUCUCUCCUAUUCUGAUGGUAAUUUUUAUGUUAUAGGGAAGGUGCUCAAAAUGAGAGCAAAUACAUAGUGUUUGAUAGUUGCCUGAGACAGUUAGUGAGUCAAUGCCCAUGCUGUGGUGAAAGCUGUUCCAUUGUGACCAAAACGACUGGUAGUAUGGUUAACGUACUAGCAAAAUGUCAUUGUGGUUAUGUUCGAGACUGGAAUAGCCAACCUCUGCAUGGGUGAAUGCCUUUUGGAAACUUGGUCUUUGCUGCCAGUAUCUUGUUUAGUGAUAGUAACCCCAGCAAAGUUCUUCAAUUCCUUCGUCACUCAGGCAUAGAAUUUCUGUCAGAGCGCACAUAUAGCUAUAUUCAAACAAUAUAUUUGAUACCCAGUGUUUCAAAUGUUUGGCAUAUGAACCAAAAGCAUCUUCUAGAAUCAAUCAGAGAAAGGAACAUUAACAUUGGAGGAGAUGGAAGAUGUGAUUCGCCUGGACAUUGUGCCAAGUAUGGGUCAUAUAGCUGCAUGGAUUUGAAAUCUAACAACAUUUUAGACACACAACUUGUUCAGUCCAAUGAAGUGACCAACACUGGAGCAAUGGAACUUGAGGGAUUCAAAAGAUGUCUGGCAAAGUUUGAUGAAAGUGGGAUGAAGGUGAAAUCGAUGACCACAGACAGACAUGCUCAAAUCAAAUCCUACAUGUCAAAACAAAGACCGAAAAUUGAGCACUACUUUGAUGUAUGGCAUGUAGCAAAAGGUAUAGAUUGUCAUAACAAACCAACCUUUACACAUUUCAUCAAUAAUCAAAUUCCAACAGGAAUCAAAAAGAAAAUUUUGGCAGCAUCAAAAAAAAGUGGUUGCAAAUUAUUGUCAGAUUGGGCCCAAUUAAUUUCCAACCAUGUAUACUGGUGUGCUGCUUCCAACAAUGAUAAUGAAGAACUUGUCAAGGCAAAGUGGUUGUCAGUUCUCAAUCAUAUAUGUGAGAUCCAUGAGGGACAUAGUGAUGUUUUCCCAAAAUGUGAACAUGAUAUGUUAGAGCCUAGAAUGCGGAUAAAAAAGGUUCAAAAGCUUAUGUUGAGCUGUCUUUGAUUGUUGAGUCAAAGUUUCUCAUGAGGGAUAUUUGAAAACUCAGUUAUCAGAAGCAGACUUCAUCCAUCGAAGGUUUCUACUGAGUGGUAAUUCUUUUUGCACCAAAACAUACCCAUUUUUUCUACAGAUCAAUGGAAGCAAGGUAAUAUAAUUAUGACUUGUGUAUGAUUACUUAAAAAAGUCAUCAUUGCAAAAGCAAUAAGUUGCAAUAGUUGUAAACAUAAACUUAACAUUCAUUUUUAGAUUGUUUAUUGCCGCUCUUCAUUUCAAUGAGAAUGGAAAUAAACCUCAGAAAACGAAGAAUGAUGGGCAAACAGAGGAGGCAUUGAUUUGGAGAGUGGCUUAUUCAAAGUCAAAAGAAGGACAAGGGGUCAUCAAACCAGUGAAAGUUGACAGCACUUAUGGUUAGCACAGAAAAAGAAACUUACCUUUUCUCAAUGCAAAGCCAACAUAAAUAAUGAUUUGCUUCUCAGGAUAUGUUAAGGACUUGAUGAAAGAUGUUUUGUACUGCAGACGCAUUAAUCCAACACUGUCUAAAGCUCUUGAUGUCGCUGGAGUGAAAGAAAUACCUGUCCCAUUGACUCGCCACAAACCAAAAAUCAGCAAAGCUGACGCCAUUAAGCAACAUAAAUCUCGCUUUAAUAAUAGCUAUAGCUCUGCAUAAUUUGUUCAACGUAUACGUUUAUAUAAUAUGCCAAACGGCAUCCAUAGCUAGUAAAUCCAGAUGGUGAGCUGUACUCAGGUGCAUUUGCUUUCAGCCAAUAUUCGUGGAUAAAUAAUGGAAGAACUUAAUUGACUAUUUGUCUAAUCGGCAUUAAUUGUCACGCUUUUAUGUAUGUUUACAUUUUGACUCACGGAUGCUGCAAAGAAAACGACUUUUAGUUUUGUGUCCCAUGUCAGAAGCAUCCAAAUGAAAAACUAAUGUCAUAGUUUAUUGAAAAGUAUUACCAAAAAAGAUCAAAAUAAAAACUUGGAAGAAUGGAAGGCUUGUUAGUCCUUCAGAAGACAAAAAAUAGACACUUGGCGCGUAUAUGUUGCUUUCACAAAUGAAUGCAAGUCAAUAAUAUGAAGUACACUUUUGAUUUAAGUUUCUGCAAUAAUAUGCAUUUGUUAUAGCAUAAAACUUUAAAAAUAUAUCCAAAUUAAAAUAAAAAUUUUCAAUAAAUCUAUUUUUUUAUUUAAAA